CUCGUCGCACAAUGGCGGAACUGGGCAAGAAGUACUGCGUCUACUGCCUGGCCGACGUGACGAGCCUGCGGCUCCGCUGCACCGAGUGCCAGGACAUCGAGCUGUGCCCCGAGUGCUUCUCGGCCGGCGCCGAGAUCGGCCAGCACCGGCGGUGGCACGGCUACCAGCUGGUGGACGGCGGGCGGUUCACGCUGUGGGGAGCUGAGGCGGAGGGGGGCUGGACGAGCCGGGAGGAGCAGCUACUGCUCGAUGCCAUCGAACAGUACGGCUUCGGCAACUGGGAGGACAUGGCCGCGCAUGUGGGGGGGCGCGCGCCACCGGAAGUGAUGGAGCACUACGUCAGCAUGUAUAUCCAUGGCAACUUGGGCAGAGCGUGCAUCCCGGAUUCCAUCCCGAACCGCGUGACUGAUCACACGUGCCCGGGGGGCGGGCCCCUGUCUCCCAGUCUAACGGCUCCUCUGCCGCCGCUGGAUAUUAGUGUAGCCGAGCAGCAGCAGCUGGGUUACAUGCCGCUCCGGGACGACUAUGAGAUCGAGUACCUGCAAGAUGCCGAGACCCUGAUCAGCGGCCUGGCCGUCAACUACGACGACGAGGAGGUGGACAUCGAGCUGAAGCGGGCCCACGUUGACAUGUACGUGCGGAAACUGCGGGAACGGCAGCGCCGCAAGAACAUGGCCCGCGACUACAGCCUGGUGCCCGCCUUCCUGGGCAAGGAGAGGAAGGAGAGGCCGCUCAAGCGCAAGGUAACCAAGGAGGAGAAGGAGCUGCGGGCCAAGCUCCGGCCCAUCUGCCAAUUCAUGUCGGCCAAGGAGUUCGACGAUUGCUUCGACAACCUGCACAAGGAGAGGACGCUACGGGCCAAGAUCCGCGAGCUGCAGCGCUACCGGCGCAACGGCAUCGCCAAGACCGAGGAGUCGGCCGAGUACGAGGCGGCCCGGCACAAGCGAGAGAAGCGCAAGGAGAUGAAGAUCACCGCGGGCGCCAAGCGGGGCAAAGAUGAGGCCGGCAAGGAGGCAGCCGCCGAGUUCAGCUCUAUGGAGAACCUGGCCGGCUUUGAUCUGCUGUCCGAGCGGGAGAAGCUGCUGUGCAGCUCCCUCAACCUCAGCCCCACACGGUACCUGACCGUUAAGACCAUCAUCAUCAAAGACUACCUGCAGAAAAGGCAGGGCAUCCCUUCCAAGAGCCGCCUGCCCAGCUACCUCGACAAAGUCUUAAAGAAAAGGAUAUUGAAUUUCUUAACAGAAAGUGGCUGGAUUGCCCGGGACACUUCUUGAUCUGCUUCUUUUAAGCGGGGAAAAUACUUUUCAUACAGCUAUCUCCAAGAAAGACAAAGGGGCAAAAUAUUCUUUUUUUUAAAAAGAGUCCAAAUGACUGUUGAUUUAUUGUGCAACUGCCAGUCUGCUCCACUGGGAAUUCGAAUAAAAAGUUUAAUACAGUGGAAUUUGACUAAAUCAUAGCACAUCCUCUGUUUAGAUAAGCUCAAAUGAGGAUAAUGCAUAUUUAACAAGCAUUGUUUAAGACAGUUCAGGCAUUAAAAGAGAACACAACAAUGACCAUGAAAAUAUAUGCCUGAAAUAAAGGAUGGUAAUGUCUGGCUGCUGUCUUCAGGGCCACAACCUGUAGCUUUUCAGGCACUAAAUCAAGAUAGUGUCAUUCUAACUGUCCUAGCCUUAUUCUACUGACUUACCAGAGCAAGAACCUACUGAUCCAUGGGUUCUUCUGGCCCUUUGGCAAGUCCUAAUUCUGGCACAUAGCAAAAUGAUUUUGCUAAAUGACUAUUGGAGUAGGAAGAGGAAAUAAGUUGUUGGAUGCUUGUAUUUAAUGGAUUCACUAAGGGACUUCACAAUCUAGUCAAUACAUUUUCCGAUUAGCUGAUUCUAUGGCUUGCAUUGAGGGUAAAACCCGGCCCAAUGCAAGGUAGUGGCAGGUACCACUAACAGUUGUGGUAAAAGUUAAGCAAAUAUUAAUGGACAGCUCAAAGCUUAAUUUGAGGUUUAAUAAGAUGUGGUAACUUAAUGAGGUAAUUUUUGCAUUUUUUGAGUUUCGGCAAACUUGAUACAUGGGAGCUGUUGGUUUUUAACAGGGGAUGCCAGUGUUUCACCAGAGAUUCGUAGUUGUACAAUUCACUUCGGAGCAGUCCUCUGGUUUGUUUAAAACGUAGGCUUUUGAAUGAUCUUUUUUGACUUGCUAGAGAAUUAGAAGGGAAUCUUGAGAAUUUAGGUCACAUUUCAACAGGGCUCAAAAUUAGCAGUGGUCCAUUGCACAAUCAGUCAGUGACACUAGAUUGAAUGAUAGACCUUUUUAAACAUUACACUUAACUGUAUGCCCGCUUUUAAGCCUUUUGUGCACGUCUUGCAAAUUGCUUUCUGAGAAAUCUUUUGUCUAAAAUAGAGUUGAGUUUUCUUAAGUUAUUAAACUGGAGUAGUAUUGACUCACUUUUGCUGUUCACUGCUAUUCUAAUUUUGAACCCAGUUUAAAUAUUGAGCAUUUUGGCUGCCAGAAACAUUUUAAAUUCUUUUUCUGAGAUAUUAAAUAUUCUCCUGUUCUUUGUUACCCUUGCAACAAGCACUAUUCCCUCCCAACUCACUUUAAAAGACAGACAAAUAUCCCAUUCACAGGCUUGUGCCAAUUCCAUUCUUAAGCUGUGUAUGGCAUGACAUCUGAAAGCAUCUUGGUUGAUCCUUAUUGAGUUUCUUUUCUCCUGCAUGAUGAAGUAGCUCACCUUUGCUCAGUGCCUUUCCCAAAGUGGCCUGACUGAAACCGGGGACCUACCAUGUUAGCAAAUUCAAUCAUAAGUUAAACAACAUUGUGUCGUAGUCUCCAUGUCCUAGGUAGUAACAUCGUAGAAUGGAAUUGAUGGAUUGCAAACUUUAAGGAUAAAAGCAUAGUAUUUGUUAAAAAUAAGGGCUGAUAUGUUGAAGGUGAACUGUUAAAAAUCUCAAAUGAUCCUUGGACUGCAUACCUAUGCAAGGAAAUGACAUGCCUAUCUCCAGUAUACAGAUGUUUUGGAAACUGAAUUGCUAUGUUAAAAAAAAUCAUAACUUUUGAAAGUUACUUAGUGAUAGCAGGUGUUUGGUUUGUGUACUCUCUUGGUGUUUUGCAAGUGAUGUGCCAUGUACUGAAGAUUGCAUUUUUCAAUUCAGGUGAGAUCACAUUUUUACUUUUAAGUGGGAGGGGGGGAAUCAAAGGGCAGUACAGAAUUCCUGUGAAUGACAUACUAGAUGCUGAAGUGAGCACCAAAAAGAUUUAUGAUAACCUAACCUAUGAUUAUCAUAGUCAAGGAUAUUUGGUAUGUGCAGUUCCCUGUCACACUCACUGUUUAUACAAUGAAUGCUGCUUACUGAUCACCGCUUGCUUUCAAGUAGCCUUCGUACUCUGAGACCUUGUUGCAUUCCUUUCAAGAUAUGAAAUUGGGUAUGUUUUCUUGGUAUGAAAGAGAGUAGUUGCAUCAAGCUGCAUCAUUGGUACCUCUUCCAAAAAAAAAUACUGAACUACAUCCUUUUUGUUUACGUGGCAGCUUUAUCUCCUUCCCACUGCUGAAAGCUUUGACUCCUUGCUUUGAGUAUAAUUCGUAGAGUAAGGUUGUACUCAGACUUUGGCAAAGGGGCUGUUCUUUUGCCAACCAAGUGGGCUGAGGCAGUUGCACCGUUCUUACUGAAAUUAGCUAAAUCGGAACUGACUGAAUCAAACCCAUGACCUCCAAUUUAUGCAGGUCAGCUUCUGUCUUCAUCUGUUGGACAACUUUUGUUUUUGAUUGUGUAAUUGCAGAACCGGCUUGAAAGGUUGCUGAGCGGCACCAGAUGAUGAAUGUGAAUUAACAUGUAGUUGGAAUGUGACAAGAUUACCCUGAUACCUUGAUCAGGAUCACUUACACUUUGCUAUCUGUAAAUCCUGUAAAGUGGUUAUCAGUAAUUGAUGUUCAAACAAACAUUCUUUUUAAUGGAAAAAGAGCAAAAGAAUGUUAGUUUGUUGCAAUAGAUUUUUGGGAAAUUCUGGUGCCCUGGAAGAAAAUUUGAUACUUGAAAAACAUGAGUAGUGUAAAACUGAGGUUAAAGAAGGAUCAUCUUAGCGGCUCGAAAUUCCUUGUCUUUUCCACAGGGAAUGUCAUAUCCUGUCUGACUUUCUAAUUUAGCGCAAUAUAUGGAUGAAUUUUUAGUCAUGCUUGACAAUGCUGUUCCGUUAUCUUUUGUUAAUACAGUCCAGAACAGACAGAAAUUAAUUCGUGAUCUGCACACAUUUUAUGUUGCUAGUUCGCUAAGUCCACAACCAGAAAGUGUAUUAUAUAUUUAUUUGCAUUUCACCCUGACCAACUACUGUAGAUCGUGGUGUAUAGAUAUGGCUUUGAAAAAUCCUACAAAAAACAGGGGUCAACCUAUACGCCAAAUAUAGAAUGUGAACUGCUCGUGUUAGUGUGGGUGGUCACAGUUUUGAAAUGUAUGUUUAAAAAAAAAUUAUAACCGGUAUUUCAUAUUAAAUCAAUGUCACGUAUUUAAUGAAAUAAUUCUACAAAGAUUGUGUGAACCGCAAUCACUGUUUUAAACCGUCAAAUUCAUUGUUUUUGAAUUUUUUGAUAAAAGCAAAAUAUGGCAGAUGUUGGAAAUCUGAAACAAAAACAUCAUGCUGGAAAAACUCAGCAGGUCUAACAGCAUCUGUGGAGAGAAAGAAAGUUAACAUUUCAAGUCCUUAUGACUAGGAGCUCUGAAGAAGAAUCAUAAGGCCUCAAAACGUUAACUCUGUUUUUCUCUGCAAUGAAUUCAUCCUGAGUCACUUGGCUAUGGCAUCAUCAUAAGGAUCCCCUCUGGAUCAGAUGUGGUGCUUUGGGUUUCAUAAUCAUCCCUCCAAAACAAAUCAUAAUCCUCUCCAUCCAUUAAAUUGGAUAUUCUGCAUCUUUUAUUUUGAACAAUCUGAUGACAGGUUGCGCAUUAAUAGCAUCUCAUGAUUUGAUGAUGACACCACACAACGUCAAAUGGAGCAGCGUGCGUGUUUCUACCCUUUGUUAAAGUGGCUUCUUCAUCAGACAUCCACCUAUUCCAUUCUUUGCCAGAUCAGGAUUUUAUUUGGCCCACUUAAGUGCAUAUAUAUUUAUUUCAUUUCUGGUGACAGGUGUAAGCGUUCUGAUUUUUGAGGACCAAUUUCGAUGCAUGCUUCUCAAGAUCAGGCAGUGGCUAGUCCCUGUUCUUAUGGCACAUUUUGUCUUGCGUAUCAUCUUCAGGGCUGAUUCCUCCUUCCUUUCUUGUACCAGUUUUUGACGCACUUUCCUCACUGCAGCACAGUUAUUUGAUGAGUUAGCAAAUGUUAUGACUUUUAGCUUGCAAGCUUUUUUUUUGUAGGAGGACCUAUUUCUGUUUAUCAGUUGCGACGUGUGGUCUGCUCUGUGUGGGCAUGUCUCAAACUUCCAUGAAUCUUGGAAAUAGUCUGUAUCACCUGCUUCAUCCCACUUAUGAGUAUAACCUUGCGCCGACUUAUGAGUAUAAUUCAAAAUGUGUAUUUCUGUGCUGAAAGAUUGAGGCCAACUCCCAAUGCAGGUAUAGGCCUAAACAUGCAUUUUGGCACUAAAGGAGUAGAGUCAUCUUAUACGCAGGGUCAACUUAUAUGCUGCAAUGCACGAUACAAAUUUUGUAUAAAAUAUAAGUGCCUGAUUUAUCUGUGGUUCUUAAACUUCAUAAGUCACCAUAUUGGGAUUAAUAAACUACAUAUGUGAGUAAUUUGCAGCAAAGAACAAUGAGAAUCUGAUGGUGAAAAAUAAGGCUAAGAUGUAAUCGAAAUCAGAUCAAGGUAGUAAUUGGCUGUAAGUGUAUUGCUCAGAAUAAGCAAUGGUUAGGAUUAUGUUACAAGUCUAGAACACUGGGAAUGAAUGAACUGUUUUGUGUAUAGCUGACAGUUGAUUGAAUCCAAACAAUAUGCUAUUUCAUUCCUUUAUCAUUUUUUUGGAUCUUUUAUUAGUUUUACAGUUGUCAUAUUGCUUUUCAUUUAAACAGGAUGGAGCGUUUACAACAUAAUGUUGGACCAAAGUUCUGCUUAAAGACAUCGUGUAGUACUAAGUGAGACAGAGCAGAAGGUGAUUGCUUGAAUUCCUGCUUUCUGAUGAACUUAUUGAUUUUCAUCUUGCGUAGAAAGUGGGUUAUGCUACAUUUGACUUUAAUGUCCCUAAGAGGGGAAGAUUGAAAGUGGUUCCUUUUCUUUAUCCAGUGACCCAUACUGCAAAAGUGUUAAGCAUAUGGACAUUGGGAACAAUCAGGAUCGGUCUUGAUUCUAAAACUUAUAGUAACCCACUGAGACUUUGUAGGCACAGAAAAUAAGGCCUUUUGGGCGAGUUAUCAGACUUAUAUAGCAAGGGAUCAAAGCCAUCAGAAAGUAGAGAAGCACUCGAUUAAUAGUAACAAUAUGUCUCAUUCAGUGGAUCACUGGAUACAUUGUCAUUGCUACUCUUUCUACUGUGCUGAUAAAAGUAGAAAGACCCUUGCACAGGUUUCUUUACAGACUCCCUGUAAUGUUAAAUAUAGUCUUUCAUUGUUUGGAAUUCAGUUUGAUUGGAUGAAGGUAUUGUUUUGCUCUCAGCUCAAAAUAAGGUUGGUAGAUUCAACCCAUUCCCAGUUUUGUGGCCCCCACAGUUCAGCAUAGAGUUGGCAGUAAGUUGGUAAUUUCAUUCAGAGAUUGGAAGGCUGGAUGGCAAGGCAUCUUGUCCCACAGUAGAGGGACCUUUGCACCACAUCUACUUAUAUAAUGCCUGAUUUGAGUGUGGGCACCGGGUAGAAAAUUUUCCACUUGCUGUUUUGAAAUUUCUCAUCUUGAUGAAUAUCCAUAAAGUUUUCCAGCAAUAUAUAGUUCUAAGAAGUUGAGGGAAGAGAAUAUAUGUUGGUGUAUUAUUAGUGGACUAGUCAGUGAUUGUCAUGUAGCAUUAAUUCUGGGCACAGUACAUUUGCAGGAUAAAUGAGAAUGGAAGAGGUAUUGUGCUCUCCAGUUUAUGCAAUCGCCAGAACGCAGAAUUUAUGUUGAAGCUUCAAACACUUUCCUAGUUUUUUUUUCCGUUACUGAAAUAAAUCUGAAAUUUUCACUGUUCAGCUUAUCUUAGUUGCCAUUUCUAAUGAAGUAUUUUAUAUUCAGGGUUGAUUUAUAUUUGAAAAUAAAUGAGUUUUGAUUUGUGUGGAAGAUACAGUGCCUUUCUUUGCUACAGCUCUGUUUGUCUCAAAGUAGAUUGCAUUUGGUGUGUAUUGAGAUAAUUAUCUUUUAUGGAUGACAGGAUUGAGUUCUUAUUCAGGUAAUGAUGCUAGGUCUGCUUAUUUGACAGAGUAUUUUAGAGAAAAAAAAGUACUGAAGAAAGCUAUGGUAUGCAAAUACAUAUCUGACUAAUUCGUUUGAUGGCUCUACUGUCCUUGACUGCCAGAGUGAAAAUCAAGCCACUCAGUUGAAUUAUUGAUUAGUCACUUGUAUUUUGUGGUGCUUUACUUUUCCUACCAUUAUCAGGUAGCCAACGGCCUGAUGUGGGUGAAGAGUGAUAAAAGUAUAGCAAUGUAGAAUUCACAGGUAUAUAGCAUAAUGUGAUAUGCAUGUGUUUAAGCACGGGGAGGUGGUGACUCUAGUUUUGGAUAAAUUGUCGUGUGUGUGCGCGUGUGUAUGUUUUCUGACCAUUUUUCUAUUUCUCAAUAUUUUGUCCAACUGUUUGUGGUUUUUUUACCUAAGUUUUUUUUUUGAUUUGGUAUCUCGAGGGGGGUGGGGGGGUUAAUUUCAGAUUUUCCUCAAGAUGGGAAGGGUUACAAUCAUAUUGCUUUUCUAGGGUAAUCAGUAUCCUUUAUGCAGCACAAGGAUAUAAUGUUCAAAAAUAUAGUGACAAAGAAGCUUUUAUUUGAAUUUUUUUUAAUGAUGAACAAAGUGUUUAUUUUUUCAUUUUGUAUAGAUUCAUUAAUCCCUUUUAUUCCUUUGAAAAGGAAACUGAUGCUCAGAUCUCUGGUUUACAGCAUUUCAUCCUAACUGUCUUUGCAGUAGCAAAGUACAGCAAGGAUUAUCCUGUAUACACUGUAGUAACUAAUCAGAUUUCAGGAUGUACAGUUCCUAAUUAUUCCCAAUACCUAUUUAUUAUUUUGCCUUUCAACUACAUUAUUUUUUGUAAAUAUAAAUGAUGCAUGGUUAUGAAAUGGGUUGUUGUGACCCUUUGGGGAAUAUUAAUUAUCAGAAAUUUUAUUAUUUGUCCUUUGGGAAUAUGAACCUACCAGAUGUGUCGUUAAGAAAAUUUGGAGGAAGUAAGGAUAUAUUUUUAACUUCUGAAGUCCUUUUUUUUAUUAAAAGCACCUUUCAAAAUAUUAUGUUCAUCAUCUAAUGUUUAGAGAAAGUGUAUUAUUUUUGUAAAUUUGUAUUGCUGGACAUUCAAGAGAUAAAGUAGAGACUUGCAAAGAAUUGCAGGGCACUUCUUAAAUUAACAGUAUUCUUUUGAGCCAAUUCACUUUUUGGUACACCUGAGUUUUGAAUUUUGCAGAAAUACUACUUAUGGUUGAUAUGGAUGAAUUAAUACCCAUUUUCACCCCUGCUCACUCUGUCUGUGUGUGUGUAUUCCUGUUUUUCAGCCCGUCUGUCUGUAUUUUGAAGUGAAUGUAAUGCAUUAAAGGUAGCAGUCUGAGAACAGAUGGUGUGUGCAGAGUAAGACACUAAGCUUCAAACUGGGUGCUCAAUGUUUAUAGCAGUGCAUUUCUUUUGUUCAUUAUUGCUUGUGAACAGAAUUACUGUUAAAUUUGUCCAUGGCUACUAUUAAAAAUGCAUGUUACAA